AUGAGUGGUGACGCGGACAUGAUGGCAGAAACAAUGGGCUUCACGUCGUUUGGCCAGCUUCGUCGUCGCGGUCGUGUGAAGCAGGUUACAAGCGAGUCCAUCAAUGCACGAGGACUACCACAGCUGAUGCCCGGGACGGAGUUGGUAGACAAGUGCACCGAGUUGUCUGUAGACAGCAUUGAAAAGGGCCCCUAUGGCGUCGUGUCUCUUUUGUGCAGGGAUACGGACUUGGAUGCAAGGGAUCCGCUGGAUGCAGCCCUGGAUGGAACCGCGAGAGAGACAAGCGAUGCAGAAAAUUACGUCGUGCCGUACUCGUUGGUGCUGGACGACCUCGAGCAGGAAAAGCGCAAGUUUAACGGGAUGGAGCACGCGCAGUUUAUGCGUGCUCGCGGCUCGACAAAUGGGUUCGAGCCACUGGGAAGACAUCGGUUUUUGAAUCGUUCAGCUAUGAAGCUGGUGGCUUUGGACCAUGUUUUCCAGUGGACAUGCGGUGUGGUGGACCGUCGCGAACCGUUUAGUUUUGCGGAUGUUUGUGGAGGACCAGGAGGAUUCAGUGAGUAUUUAUUGUGGAGAAGUGCUUCUAGUGACGAGAAUGGGGAACGUGAGCACGACCGUGGUCAUCGUGGCUAUGGGAUAACGCUGAAAGACGCUGCAAAUGAAUGCGACUGGCGUCUACCUUCCAAGUACCGCAAAAUGUUCACGAGCUGCUACGGCGAGGAUGGCACGGGGAACGUUUAUUCGGUUGCAAAUGUUCACAAGUUCCGGGAUGUCGUACGGGCACGACAGCCAAGUGGCGUGGACUUGGUGGUGGCUGAUGGAGGGUUUCGAGAUGCUCGGUCGCAAUCCAACCAGGAAACCAUGAUGACUAGAUUGGUCGUAGCUGAAGUCAUCGCCAUGUUUGCGGUACUUCGCGUCGGUGGCGAUUUUGUCUGCAAGACGUUCGAGUUGACGACGCCGACGAUGCUGCAGAUUUGCUGGACGCUGCAUCAUUGUUUCGGACGCUUUGCAAUCGUGAAACCCAUUACCAGCCGCCCUGCGAGUUCCGAGCGAUACAUUGUUGCACGUGGUCUACGAGCAAGACGCUGCAUACCGAAGCUUGUCAAGAUCUUGGAAGAUCAAUUAUCUCACGCAGGCAGCGUGCACGCGAGCGAAGAGUAUCGCUUUCCUCCUUUCUUGCCGAAUAGCACUCCCAUGCGCGAAGAUACGGACUUUUACAAGUACAUGUCAACAGCAAAUGAAGCCAUUGCGAUAAGCCAAGUCCACGCGUGCAAAUGCAUCAACAAGUUUAGCACCAGGAGACACAAGAGGAAACGAUGUGAAGCUGGUGCAAGUAGCAUUGACCCCCACCAGUACUAUCGAUGCUGGCAUCUUGGCUCAAUGCCAUGA